GGACCGUAGCGCCAUAUGUCAACAAACACAGAACAGAUAUUGUGAAGGUAUUUGGAUCCAUUUUCUUGUGUAAUCUGAAGAGUUGCUGAUAUUUUUGUUCCGGAUGGAGAUAUUCGGAAGCACAUUUGAUGACUCUGUGUUUUCGGAGCCCAGAGGUCGAGUUUGUGAGUCUCUGUCGUCUUUUACCGCCAAACUGUGUGAACCAGAGUGGUUCUAUGAGAGCACCGCUUUAGAUUCAGAGGAUUCUUUGGAGAAACAGAAAGUGUUUAAGUUCAGAGGUGACUUGGCGCUGAGACGAGGGAACUAUCAGAGAGCUUUGGAGGCGUACAGAAGCUGCCUGCAGUGGAUCCCAGACAACAACCUGAGCAUCAGGAGAGAUGUUCUGGAGGGAAUGGCCCGAUGCUGCACCAAACUGGGACAGAAGGAGAAAGCCUUGGACUUGACUGAAUUACUGAGCAAAGAAGCCUCCAACACCUGUCACCUGGCCAGCCUCCUGCUGCUGAAGGUCAGCAUCUGUCAGCAUUUUGGAGCCGUGAGGUCAGAGAUGUCAUGUCUGCAGCAGCUGUGCAGCCUGCUGCCCUUUAACCCCUGGCACUGGUUCAGUCUGGGACAGAUGUGUUUACAGCAGCUGGACAGCCACACAAGCACAGAACCAGCAGGAGAGCCUGAGGAGGAGCAGGAGGAGGCAGCAGAGCUCAGGGAGGAUCAGAUGUGGCUCAAAGCUUGUAUCUGUUUCAUCAGGACGAGACUCCUGCUGAGAGUCCUUCAGCAGCAGCAGUCCUCCUUCGUGCUGCAGCGCAGUGAAAAGGCCCUGCACACGACAGACGAGGCCUUACAGCACCUGAAUCCUACACAAGCUACACUGCAGACGCUCACUCAGGUGAUGUCAGAGGACCUGGUCCCAGAGAAGAUGAAGGAAGACUUCCAGGACGGGGAAAGUCUGCUCAGUGUGUCGCCGCAGAGCUUCAGAGAGCGCUGGUGGAACAAGGUCUUACUGACUGGGGUGUUUGAGAUGCGCCAGCUCCAGGAAACGUCCUAAUGCUCCGAGACUGAAUGUUUGCAGAGAAGACAGCAAAGAGU